AUCAUCAAGAUCAAGAUUAAGAUACAAACAAGCAGUGUCGGCGUGCUUGUCAACAGACUAACUCACCAUGAAAGAAGAAGAAAAGAAAGAGGAAAGAAAUAAAGUAAAGCAGAGGGAGCUGCUUUACAAACUCAUGAUCAGCCAGCUGUUCUACGAUGGCCAUCAGAACUUUGCACAAGAGCUGGCUGCCAUAGUGGAUCAGGAAGCCACUGCUAUAUCCCCUUCAGACCGACUCAUGAACAUCAUCGCCAUUGGACUACAACAUGAGCAUGAGGUGGAUCGACCCCUAAACCGUCUGGAGUACACACUGGGGCCUGGACUAGAUCUUGAGUAUGAGACUGAGCCCCAGACCAGUGCCCCAGAGCCUGCCAUGUAUGAGACAGCCUAUGUUACUUCCCAUAAGGACAAAUGUCGUGCUGCAGCCUUUUCCAUGGAUGGGAGCUUGGUGGCAACAGGGAGUGUGGAUGCUUCCAUUAAGAUCCUAGAUGUGGACAGGAUGCUGGCCAAGAGUGACCCAGAUGCUGUGGAGCUCCAUCCAGAUGCUGUUGUUGGACAUCCUGUCAUCCGCACACUCUAUGACCACCUGGAUGAAAUCACAUGCCUAGAAUUCCAUCCAAGGGAGCAGAUUCUGAUAUCUGGAAGCCGAGACACUAAUAUCAAGAUGUUUGACUUCAGUAAAACUUCUGCCAAAAAAGCCUUCAAAACAUUAACUGAUGCUGAGCAGGUAACCAGCAUGUCUAUUCAUCCCAGUGGAGACUUUUUGGCUGUCACUACUGAGGGUCCAGUGGUUAGAUUCUAUGAUAUCAACAGUGGUCAGUGCUAUGUCUGCCCCUACCCAAGGGAACACCACACUGGACCAUUAACCAGCGUGCGCUAUUCUGCUGAUGCUCGUGUUUGUGCAAGUGCCUCUAAGGAUGGGGAUAUCAAGGUGUGGGAUGGGGUCUCUGGACGAUGUGUUCAGACUUUUACAAAAUGCCAUGAUGGAGCUGAAGUCUGCUCAGUGCUCUUCUCUCGAAAUGGGAAGUACAUCCUGUCCUCGGGACUGGACAGCAUAGUCAAACUGUGGGAAUUGUCUACGGGUCGGUGCCUCAUUGCAUACACUGGGGCUGGAUCAGUAGGCCGCCAAGAACACAGUGCUCAUGCCAUGUUCAACCACACAGAGGACUUUGUCAUGUUCCCAGAUGAAGCCACCACUUCCCUUUGUGCUUGGGAUGCUCGCAAUGCCCAGAGGAAAAACUUGCUUUCCCUUGGUCACAAUGGUCCUGUUAGACAUAUGGUCCACUCGCCUUGCUCACCAGCCUUCAUCACCUGCUCUGAUGACUACCGUGCAAGAUUUUGGUACCGCAGGAAUGUCCACUGAAACUUUUGUGUCUUCCUUUGGCCAGUGUUACUGCUGCUUUUGUGGUAUAUUUACACACCAGCAUGUGUAGUGUUAUUGCCAAAACUUUAUUUAUCUUUUUCUAUUGACCUUUGAUGCUCUUAUAGAAGAUAUAUUUCAUAGUACAUAAUGCUGUUAAUUGUAACUGUUGUGUACAAAGACAUGUAAAUUACAGUACUUCAUGAUCACAUCAAGAUCAACUGUGGAUUCCAAUUAUUAUGAGUCACAGUGGCUCCAAGACCAUUAAUGUUUAUGAUAUCUCCAUUUCCUUCAAAUUAAUGUUUGAAUGUAAAUUCUUGUGUAAUUAGUUUUAUGAAUACUGGAUUCACAAUACAUUACAUAUUAUUUGUCCCUCCUAGAAUAGAGUAUAUGUUAACUUUAAAAUAAAAGCUAUUAUGUACUA